AUGGAAGAAAUAGGAAAUUUCAAAGUGGUUGAAAUGCUAGAAACGGAGAUAUCAUCUAAACUUAAAAAGUUACCUAAACCAAUUGGUUAUGAACGCGGGCUUUUAUUGGCUCAAAGGAAUCACAAGGACUCUCCAGGGUUUUCUAAGGAAGACACUGAGCAAAACGCAGACGUUCCACUAGCUGAUUCAGAAUCCUGGAUACCAUGGUUGGAUGAUCGAUUAGAAAGAGCGGUUGCCGAAGUAUUUAAUUUUAAACCAUUAGAAGACUUUUGGAUGUCACUGAGGAAUAUUCACGUGGAAAAUGAAAUGACUAUAAUAUUAAGCAAUACACAAACUGCUGAGGAAGUGAGUCGCGAAUCAGCAGAUUCAACGUCUCCGGAUAGAUCAGAGAAUGAUAAUGAUGAUGAGACGUUGACAACAUCCACUCCUGCUGAAUCGAACACGAUAUUAUCCGAAACAGCAGCAACAGCUGUAGUUUUAUCACAAUCAGGAAUUACACAAACUACAACUACCGCUUCCGUAGCAUUUGAAAGUGAACAAACGGAGCAAUCAUCUGCGCCGGAUCAGAUAAGUUUCAGGGAAGAAUUCAUUUGGAAUUUGGAUGCACCGCCAUUUGUAUCACACAAUUUAAUUAAUAAUCUGUCUUGUCCAAUACUGAAUGGAAUUCGAACUAGCGAUGCACUACUACCGAUUUUAUCCACACCUAUCGUAAAUUCAUCGCAUCGUCAAAAUUUCACUUCAAUCGAUCAAAUCACCUUAGCUAUUCAGAGUCGACCGUCAAUUGUGCAUGCUAAGCCAUCACAAUCACGAAAUUUCCCAUUUGUACAAAGAAGUGGAGAUGGUAUUGUCAUGCCAGCUUGUUAUAGUGGGCAAUUUCAGCAAGUUGGUUCUUUUAUGUAA